UUUGUUGUGUUGUAGGAUGCAUAAUUUAGACUAAGCACUAGAGAUUUAUGUCACUUUCAUGUAAUCUGCACACCAUUUGGGAAGUUGUUAUUGAGACUGAACGACAUGUUUGGCAGGUGAUGAAAAGUUUGAAGCAUGCAAUGAAACAAGCAACACCAAUAAUUGUAGAGUAUUUCGGUGGUGCAAUUAGUUGUAAUGUUUAUUGCAUGACUAAUUCUCGAGCUAAUGAUUUUGGUGUCUCUUCAUGUAUUCUUAGCAGCCUCGAAGAUGCUAGAGUGUCACCAGAAAAGAAAGUGCAAGCAAUUGUCGUAAAGAGCAACUUCAAUCCAGUUCGAAAUUACGAGGAUUUAAUGCUUUCAAUUCCGCAACAUCAUGGGUCUGUAAAGCUGUCAGGAGAAAAUGUCAUGUUGCCGUACAACAUAAAGGAUGCAAAAUGCUUGAACAAGUUUAAGAUGAGCCCACUUGGUGUUAUUAAUCAUUGAAUGCUUCGUUAGUUGGUAAAUUUCUUGUAUGUAAAUCUACCUAUUAAAUUAUAAUAGGUUCAUUACUGGUAGACAAACCUUGAUAUGAAUGCAAUGGUUUUCUUUAUGGAGAAAAGUAAGUAGCUUUUUCAAGUUAAGCUUGGAGUUCGGAUUGAAGAAUUUAGACGUGAUAUCUUAAAUCAACUACUUACGAUAUUCUUUGGUAGUGUAUCACUGAAGGAACAAACAAUAAUAUUGAGCAUAUACCUGUGUUCAGCACGGGCGCGGGCCAUCUUGUACAUAUACAUAUGAAUGGUUUUGUCAUCC